AUGUCUGAUCCAAGUUCUAUUAACGGUGGUAUUGUAUUGGCUAUGGCAGGUAAGGACUGUGUUGCCAUUGCGUGUGAUUUACGUCUAGGAAAUCAAUCACUUGGUGUGUCUAAUAAUUUUGAGAAAAUAUCUAAUUUUGGUCAUGUCUUUUUAGGCAUAACAGGCUUAGCUACAGAUGUGAUUACACUAAAUCAAGUGUUCCGUUAUAAAACUAACAUAUAUAAACUUAAAGAAGAUAGACCUAUUGAACCAGAAACUUUUACACAACUGGUUUCCUCUACAUUGUAUGAAAAGAGAUUUGGUCCUUAUUUUGUUGGUCCUGUAGUAGCUGGGAUAAAUUCAAAAACAGGAAAACCAUUCAUUGCAGGUUUCGAUUUGAUUGGUUGUAUAGAUGAAGCUAAAGAUUUUAUAGUAAGUGGUACUGCAUCUGACCAAUUAUUCGGUAUGUGUGAAUCAUUAUAUGAACCAAAUUUAGAGGCGGAUGAUUUAUUUGAAACUAUUAGUCAGUCUUUGUUGAAUGCUGCUGACCGUGAUGCAUUAUCUGGGUGGGGGGCUGUUGUUUAUAUCAUAAAGAAAGAUAAAGUCACAAAAAGAUAUUUAAAAAUGAGACAAGAUUAA